AUGUCUGCUGCAGAGCUAAUUGAUUAUUCUCCGCACCAACCCGACCCAGCUCCCCCACUAACAUCUGCCUCAAACGUCAUCUUAAUUGAUAACUUCGACUCAUUCUCUUGGAAUAUAUACCAAUACCUUGUUCUUGAGGGAGCAACAGUAACGGUUUACCGAAACAAUGAACUCGACGUCGAGGAACUUAUUGCGCUCAAACCUACUCAAUUGGUUAUAAGUCCUGGACCAGGUCAUCCAAAAACCGAUUCGGGUAUUAGUAGAGAUGCUAUCAAACACUUCGCAGGCAAGAUACCUGUGUUUGGCGUCUGCAUGGGACAACAGUGCAUAUUGGACAUAUAUGGAGGAGAGGUUGUGUUUGCUGGAGAAAUCUUACAUGGCAAAACAUCCCCAUUGCGACAUGAUUCGAAAGGAGUAUAUGCAAGUCUACCGCAAGACUUACCGGUGACACGAUACCAUUCACUUGCUGGCACACUUUCGACUAUACCCGAAUGUCUCGAAGUAUCAUCCUGGAUCGAGGCCGGCGUUGAUGGAGGAAAAGGAGUGAUAAUGGGGGUUAGACAUAAAGAAUAUGUCCUAGAAGGCGUGCAAUACCAUCCUGAGAGUAUCUUGACUGCUGAAGGUCGAGUCAUGCUCAAAAACUUUUUGAAGAUGCGAGGUGGCACAUGGGCAGAGAACGAGCGCUUGCAAAAGGAGGAUUCGAACAGUGCGACGCAAGUCUCCAAAUCCGAUUCCACUGGUACCAAAAAAGAGAACAUAUUGGACAAAAUUUUCGCGCAUCGUAAAGCCGCAGUAUCUGCACAAAAAGAAAUCCCUUCCCAACGACCCUCCGAUCUUCAAGCGGCUUAUGAGCUCGAUAUUGCCCCCCCUCUUGUUCCAUUUGUCCAACGUCUCCGCAAAUCUCCAUUUCCGUUGUCACUUAUGGCCGAGAUCAAACGGGCAUCUCCUUCCAAAGGUGUCAUCUCUUUAUCUGCAUGUGCUCCAGCUCAAGCUAGAACAUAUGCUCUAGCCGGAGCAAGUGUGAUUUCUGUUUUGACGGAGCCAGAGUGGUUCAAGGGGAGCAUCGAUGACUUGAGAGCGGUACGACAGGCUCUUGAAGGCAUGCCAAAUCGACCCGCUGUAUUGCGGAAAGAAUUCAUCUUCGAAGAAUACCAGAUCUUAGAAGCUAGAUUAGCUGGUGCUGAUACGGUUUUGCUUAUUGUCAAGAUGCUAGAUGAAGAAACCCUGAUCCGCUUAUACCAUUACUCUAAGUCGCUUGGAAUGGAGCCUUUAGUGGAAGUCAAUACACAAGACGAAAUGGCCAUAGCCGUCAAGCUUGGCGCACAAGUCAUUGGGGUGAACAACCGGAAUCUAACAAGUUUCGAGGUAGAUCUAGAUACUACAAGUCGUCUUCUUAACCAAGUCCCAAAAGAAACCAUCGUGUGCGCGCUCAGUGGUAUCUCCGGUCCUAAGGAUGUAGAAGCAUACCAAAAGAACGGUGUAGGUGCAGUUCUUGUGGGUGAGGCGCUUAUGCGAGCCAAAGAUACAGCCCUCUUCAUUCGAGAACUACUUGGGGGUUCAAGUAUUCCUACUAAAUCCGCAAGCAGUAGUCUACUUGUAAAGAUUUGCGGAACAAGAGACGCCGAGACUGCGGCGGAAGCUGUUAAAGCUGGCGCGGAUUUGAUUGGAAUGAUUCUUGUCCCUGGUAGAGGUCGACAUGUUCCGUACAAGGAUGCAAUUGCCAUUUCGAAGGCCGUUCACCAGUCCCAGCAGACAACCGGAACGGUUUUUGGUGAUCGAGUGAGCAACCAAGCAUCAGAUUUCUUUAGCAAUGCAGCAUCAAAUAUUUCGAAUCAUCGGCCUUUGUUGGUUGGUGUCUUCCAGAAUCAACCUCUUGAGGAGGUUCUGGAGCUGCAGAAGGCAUACGAUCUAGAUAUAGUACAACUGCACGGUGAUGAGCCAUUGGAGUGGGCAAACACAAUACCAGUUCCUGUCAUUCGAAGCUUCAAACCUGGUCAGUUGGGUCUUGGGAGAAGAGGUUACCACACCGUUCCUCUGCUAGACUCAGCAUCAGGAGGCUCUGGGCAAAAAUUAGAUAUGACGGAAGUUCAAGCUACUUUGACAAAAGAUCAAGGCCUUAGAGUUAUUCUCGCUGGCGGGUUAAAUCCCGAGAACGUAGCAGAGGCUGUGCGAUCAGCGGGUGUUGUUGGUGAUCGGGUAAUUGGUGUGGACGUCAGUAGUGGAGUAGAAGAAAAUGGUUCUCAGAGUAUUUCGAAGAUCAAAGCUUUUAUAAAGGAAGCAAAGAGCGUUAGAUAG